AUGUCUUCCACUACUGAGACUUGGUCGACCGACACGCUGGUUUGGCCAACGAUAGGCCUUUCAGACCAACCCGCAUUGCGGUAUAAGACACAAAUGGGUGAUUGGGAGCAUGGCACAAGAACCCGCAACGACUACACGGUUGGCUGGAUCUGCGCGUUGGAAGAGGAGCAGGUUGCAGCAACAGCCAUGCUGGAUCAGAUCCACCCCGACCUCCCGAAACCGCCAAAUGAUCCUAAUACUUAUACCCUUGGAUCUAUCGGUCACCACCAGGUGGUGAUAGCCUGCCUGCCGAGCGGAAAGUAUGGAAACAAUCCAGCUGCAACUUGUGCCAACCAAAUGGCUCGAACCUUCCAGUCCGUUCGCGUGGUCCUUAUGGUUGGCAUCGGUGGCGGCGUUCCUCCCAAGGUCAGGCUCGGGGACGUGGUCAUCAGCACCCCAGUCGAUCGAUUCUCCGGGGUGAUCCAGUGGGAUUUGGGUAAAGCAGAGAAGGAUGGAACGUUCAAGCCUGUUGGCGCGCUCAACAAUCCGCCUACCGCUUUGCUGACAGCAGGGGCCAAAAUGCGAACCCGGCAUAUGCUGAAUGGGCAUCAGAUACCUCAGUAUUUAGACGAAAUGGGCAGAAGAUUUCCCAGACUGGUCCCUCGGUACACCCAAUCUGCCUCGCUGAUAGAUCCCCAGUCCCCGGACGCGCCAGACCGAGCACGGAACGAGUUAGGGCAUGUGGAAAGCACCCAAGUGCACUAUGGGUUGAUCGCGUCUGGCAACCAGGUCAUCAAGGACGCAAAUAUGCGGAACAAAAUUGACCAGAGCUUCGACGGAAAUGUGCUAUGCAUCGAGAUGGAGGCCGCUGCGCUGAUGAACAAUUUUCCGUGCAUAGUCAUUCGCGGCAUCUGCGACUAUGCAGACUCGACAAAAGAAAAGUCCUGGCAGGCAUAUGCCGCAGCUGUCGCGGCGGCGUGCGCGAAGGAACUGCUUCACUACGUCCAGCCAAGCGAGGUUGAUGCAGAGCUCCCAGUUCGAAGCGUUCUUGGUGACGUGAUCAAGACCAUACGGAGCACCGAGACCCAGGUCAAGUCGAUGCGAUCGCAACUCGAGAAAGAAGAAGACGCUCGCAUCCUGAACUGGUUCAGUAAAGCCGAAUAUGGCUCCCGUCAUAGCGACAUACUCAAGAACAGGCAGCCUGGAACAGGACAAUGGUUCCUAGAUUCAGCUCGGUACCGCAAGUGGCGGAGCCUAGAAAGACAGACUGUGUUUUGCAAAGGAAUUCAGGGCUCGGGCAAAACGAUGAUAGCAGCGAUCGCGAUUGAUAAUCUCCACGCAGCAUUCCUGCCAGAUCAAUCGAUAGGUCUUGCAUAUCUCUACUGCGCAUUCGACCGGCAAAAAGAGCAAACAGUUGAAAGCCUACUUGCAAGCCUCAUAAAGCAACUGAGCAAAGGUCAGCCCUCUCUUCCAGAUGCAGUGAAAGAGCUCUUCCUCGAACACCAGAGACACAACACGCGGCCCUCAUUCGACGAACUCUCCAAAACGCUCUUGGUAGUCACUUCCACAUAUCGGCGGGUUUUUGUCGUCGUUGAUGCCUUGGAUGAAUUGUUGACUUCUGAUGGUCGUCUGCGACAACUUCUGUCACAGAUGUUUGCUCUCCAGUCAAGAACUAAUCUCAGUUUUCUUGCUACUUCCAGACCUAUUCCCGAGAUUGAGAAACAAUUUACGGCAUGCAUUAUGCAAACAAUAUCGGCUUCCAAAGAGGAUAUUCGGAGCUAUAUCGCUGGCCAUUUGGACCGACUCCCGGACUUUGUCAUCGAAGAUCCAGCAUUGCAAGAAGAAAUCAAAGAUCAAAUUAUCAAAGCGGCUAUGGGAAUGUUUCUAAUUGUGCGACUCUACCUCGAAUCUCUUGUGGGGCUUCAAGCACCAAGAGCGAUCCGAACAGCUCUGAAGAAGCUUCCUCAUGGAUCUGAUGCAUAUGACUAUGCGUAUUCCGAGGCAAUGCAAAGAGUCAAGAGCCAACCCAGCGCCUUUCGAAAGGCAGCAGAGAAGGCUUUGAAGUGGAUCACGAGUGCAAGAAGGCAACUGAAAGUGUCAGAACUGCAGCAUGCCUUGGCGGUUGAAGAAGGAGAUACUGACCUCGAUGAAAGCGGCAUUCCUAGAGUUACCUACAUCCUCUCUGUUUGUGCUGGAUUAGUGACAGUCGACGAAGAAAGCGAUGCUGUGCGAUUGGUGCAUUACACCACCCAGGAAUAUUUCGAUCGGACCCGAAAGCACUGGUUUCCAGAUGCUGACGAUGAGAUUGCAUCGACUUGUGUUCAGUACCUUUCGUUCCACACAUUCCGCCUGCCUUGUGCAAGUAGAACAGCACUCUUCCGAAGACUACGGGCAUACAAGCUCUACGACUACGCCGCACAUUGGUGGGGACAUCAUGCUCGUGUGGCUUCCUCUCUAUGCCCUGCGGUUCGAGCCUUCUUAGAAGAUGAUGGCCUAAUUCAAUCUUCUAGCCAGGUCUUGUAUUCACAUGAUCUACAGCGAAAGGUCAGGGGUGUCCACAUGGCAGCACUCUUUGGGCUGGCGCAGGCGAUUAUGGCUGUUCCCCAAGGAACAAACGACAUCGACCCACGAGAUCAAAAUGGCCAAACACCACUGUCUAUCGCAGCUCAGCAGGGACACGAUAUAGUUGCAUGCAUGCUUCUCGAUAGAGGCGCGGAUGUCAAGUCAACGGACAGCACCUCUCACCGAACGCCUUUAUUCCACGCAGUAGCGGGGAAUCAUCAGGUAACGGUUCGGUUGCUGCUCAACAGGGGCGCGAGACCUGACGCGAAAGACAUCUACGGUAUGACUCCGCUGUCGCAUGCUGCCGCUCAAGGCCAUCAGACACUAGUCCAACUGCUACUGGUCCAAGGCGCCGACAUCAACGCCAGGAAUAACAGCAAUUGGACUCCUUUGGCAUUGGCGGCGGAAAACGGUCACGAGAAAGUGGUGCAAAUUCUUCUCCAAAAGGGACCUGAACUGGAGGCAAAAGAUACGAAUCUUUCGCGGACAGCGUUGGCACGUGCGGCUGCAAUGGGACACCAGGCUAUUGCGAAAAUGCUGAUUGAGAGCGGCGCUGACAUCGAGACACGGGAUUGUCAUGGCUCGACGCCGCUGAAUAGUGCGUUGCACCUCCGGUCGGAUGAGAUGAUCCAGCUACUGUUGGACAACGGCGCACAUUGGGAUAUUGAUAUUGAUCUGAGAAUGACUGCAAUGGAGUGGGCGGUGCAAUCCUCCAGCGAGAGACUGGUGCAAUCGCUACUCGAGCGUGGCGCUAGUAUUGACCAGAAGAAUUACUUUGGUGACACGGUCUUGGCAGUGGCAGCUCGCGAUGGGCUUGAGUCUGCAGUACAGAUUCUUCUCGAUCGAGGAGCUGACUGGAAACUCCAGAACCAUGAGGGUGAAACACCAUUGGAGCAGGCCGUCAAGUAUGGACAUGAUUCCAUAGUACAGCUGUUUCUCGACCGGUUCACGGAUCCCGGGUCGAGGGACGAGAUGUAUCAGCUACUGCUCUUCGCGGCAUCGGCGAGAGGUCACAUGAUCUUUGCACAACUUUCACUUCAGAAAGGGGCUCGGAUCAACGGGAAAGGCCUCGAUGGAAGCACGCCAUUGGCAAACGCAGUUCGUGACGGGCACGAUCUGCUGGUCGACUUCCUCCUCAAGAAUGGAGCUGAUCCAGGGUCCCAGGACAACUUCGGCAGAACUCCAUUAUCCGAGGCAGCAAAGUCUGGACACUGCGCGCUGGUUAAGCUGCUUCUGGAGAAUGGCGCCGAUGCGGAGACGAUGGAUCAAAAUGGCAGGACUCCGUUGGGAUAUGCGGCCAAGUGGGGUCAUACUUCGGCGGUAGGACUGUUGCUCGAGCAGGGUGCCAAUUUGGAAUCGAGAGAUAAGAACGGCAGCACUCCAUUAGCCAAGGCCGCACGUCGGGGUCAUCCUUCAGUAGUGGAGCUGUUGCUUGAGAAAGGUGCCAGUUUGGAGUCCCGAGAUAACGACGGCAACACCCCCUUGGCCAAGGCCGCCCAAUGGGGUCAAGCUCGGGUGAUAGAGCAGUUGCUGGCGAAUGGUGCUAGCAUCGAGUCCAAGGAUAACCAGGGUAGUACUCCGUUAGCAUGGGCGGCACUGUGGAGUCAUGCGCGCGUGGUCAGAGUCCUGUUGAAACAUGGCGCGGAUCUCGAAUCAGAAGACCGAGAUGGCUCGACUCCAUUAUCCAAGGCGGUGCAGCGGGGCCUCCGACAGGGAAUUCCGGGCCAGUUGGACCACCGAGUCAUCAAGCUCCUGCUCAGGAGGGGGGCCCAGGUGGAGGCGAGAGAUCAUCAUGGCAGGACGCCGUUGGUUUAUGCGGCACAGGCGGGCUGGGCGUCCGUCGCAGAGCUGCUACUUGACCACGGAGCGGAGAUGGAGGCGACGGAUACUGCGGGCAUGACUCCAUUGUUAUGGGCUGCGAGGCGGGGAUCUACCCGAGUUGUUAAACUCCUGCUUGAGAGGGGUGCGAAUUCAGAGGCAGAAGACGGGAUUGGAAUGAAUGCAUUAUCAUGGGCGGUGGACGAGGGACAUGGUGAAAUGUCUCGUGAGGCCCGAGCCAUCACAACCAAGCUUGUUAAAGCCACAAAACUGUUCAUCGGCAACACUUAUCUUUCUCGACCAAAGCCCCCCCUCGAAGUUCCUCUUUCUCCUCAUCACCUCUACCAUCAGGUCUCCAAUAUUCUCGACAGCAGCACCUACAGCCAUCUCAAGGCCAUAUGUGAGCCACUUUAA